GUGGGAGCACAGGGACACGCUCAGGGCGGAACCAUGGAAAUAUAACGGAGCUUGUGCGCACAGAGGAGAAAGUUCAGACAGCGGGACGUGAAAUCUGUGGAAACUGCGCAUAAGUGACGCACAGCGCGCACCGGCGACAUGGCAGAAGCGGCUGUUGUGGACGCGGACACGGGACUGUCCCACAGUCCUCUGGUGUCUGUGUCCUUCCAGGGGAACGAGAGGAGAAAGCUGAAGUUUCUGGAGGGAGAGCCCAAGGCCCUGGGGAUCACCCAAGUCUGCCUCAUCCUCUUCCACCUAAGCUGUAUCGCCACCUUCAAGUACACUGGUGUAGGCAGAUGGUAUUAUAACAUACAGGAAUUAAUUGCAUCGGUUUUUGUUUUAACUGGAGGAUGUUUGGCCAUAGCAGCAAAAAAUCUGCAUCUUCCUACGCUCAGGGCUUGUCUGGGGAUGGAGAUUUUGUCCAGUGUGGCCUGCCUUGUCAACCUGAUCAACAGCUCGAUUCAAAUGGUGGAUCGUUUUUUUUUAUGUGAUUAUACUAUAAGAAACCCAUACAGACAGAACUGCAAGAACAUGGGUAAUGCUCAUAUGCAUCUUUUUGCUGAGUUACUGCUCGUCCACGUCGCUCUCUUUGCCAUUUCUGUCACUCUGGUGGUCUACGCCUGUAAAGUGGUCAACUGCUGCUCUCCUGCUCCGAAAGUGCCGGUGAUAAUGAUACAAGCCCCUCCGGCCCCUCAGUGAGGACAGCUGGAAACAAGGCUCAUCAUUUACUACAGUGUGACACAAAUGUCUCUCAGUACUAACAGCAUGUUUGUUAUGACACCUACAAAUAUUAUCUACACAUUUAUUACAUCUUUGUAACUGUUUUUCGCACUGUAUGUACGCCUUUUUGUGAUUAUGUGUAACAAGAAGUCUUAUCAUAUUGACUUCAUAUACACUUUAUGCAAUUCCGAACUACAUAAAUCACUUAUUUGAGUUUUUAAUAGCUUGUUUGUGUGUAUUUUUUAGGAUUUACUUUUUUAAUAAAUAAAAUAUGGGUCUAUGGAUCAUACCUGUAAUAAUGUGACUUCUGAAACAUGUACUAUUUAAUUUACACACUUAUAUGCAUAAACACAUAUAUAAAUACAUACAUAUACACAUAUACAUACAAGCACAAAUAUGUUUUUGUUUAUGUUUGUACUAACUAAUAAAAAUGAAAAAGAAGGCACAAAAGUGUAUUGUUUAUGAUGGUACAAAACAAAGGUGUUGUUAAAGAAAAGUAUGUGUUUAGUUAAUAGUCGUGGUUUUACUUGUCUUGUGUCUAGUACUUGUGGUACUACUUUGACACAAUGUCUUUAGUCUACUAGGUAUUUCUGUAAGAUUUGAUUAUUAAAUUGCUUUUUGCAGUGCAACAA